AUGGCAUCAGCAUUGCGACCUGCCCUGAGAGCUUCUGCUCUGAAGGCUCCUGCCUUCACUGCCCGUAACACGGCCUUCACAGCUGCGCGAUGCUACUCCGCGAAGACCCAGACCCUGAAGGAGCGCUUCGCCGAGCUGCUGCCCGAGAAGAUUGAGGAGAUCAAGACCCUCCGCAAGGAGCACGGCUCCAAGGUCAUCGACAAGGUCACUCUCGACCAGGUCUACGGUGGUGCCCGUGGUAUCAAGAGCUUGGUUUGGGAAGGUUCAGUGCUCGACUCCGAGGAGGGUAUCCGUUUCCGUGGCAAGACCAUCCCCGAGUGCCAGGAGGUCCUCCCCAAGGCCCCUGGUGGCAAGGAGCCUCUUCCCGAGGGUCUCUUCUGGCUGCUUCUGACUGGCGAGGUCCCCAGCGAGCAGCAGGUCCGCGACCUGUCUGCCGAGUGGGCUGCUCGCUCUGACAUUCCCAAGUUCGUUGAGGAGCUCAUCGACCGCUGCCCCAGCGACCUCCACCCCAUGGCCCAGUUCUCUCUGGCCGUCACUGCUCUCGAGCACACCUCUUCCUUCGCCAAGGCCUACGCCAAGGGCAUGAACAAGAAGGACUACUGGGGAUACACCUUCGAGGACUCCAUGGACCUGAUUGCCAAGCUCCCCAACAUUGCUUCCCGCAUCUACCAGAACGUCUUCAAGGGCGGCAAGGUCGCUCCCAUCCAGAAGGACAAGGACUACUCGUUCAACUUUGCCAACCAGCUCGGUUUCGGUGACAACAAGGACUUCAUUGAGCUCAUGCGUCUCUACCUGACCAUCCACACCGACCACGAGGGUGGCAACGUCUCCGCCCACACUACUCACUUGGUCGGCAGUGCUCUCAGCUCUCCCUUCCUCUCGCUGGCUGCCGGUCUGAACGGUCUGGCUGGUCCCCUCCACGGUCUUGCCAACCAGGAGGUUCUUAACUGGCUCACUGAGAUGAAGAAGGCUGUUGGUGACGAUCUGAGCGACAAGGCCAUCACCGACUACCUGUGGUCCACCCUGAACUCGGGCCGUGUCGUUCCCGGUUACGGCCACGCCGUCCUCCGCAAGACUGACCCCCGCUACAUGGCUCAGCGCACCUUUGCCCAGGAGAAGAUGCCCAACGACCCCAUGUUCCAGCUGGUCAGCCAGGUCUACAAGAUCGCCCCCAAGGUCCUGACCGAGCACGGCAAGACCAAGAACCCCUUCCCCAACGUCGACGCCCACUCUGGUGUUCUGCUGCAGUACUACGGCCUGACCGAGGCCAACUACUACACCGUGCUCUUCGGUGUCUCCCGUGCCAUUGGUGUGCUGCCCCAGCUCAUCAUUGACCGUGCCGUUGGUGCCCCCAUUGAGCGACCCAAGUCCUUCUCCACCGAGAAGUGGAUCGAGAUCUGCAAGAAGCUGUAA